AGAAGAGGUCACUGAGUCACUGGCACGACUGGGAACAACUCUCCAGCUGCAGUUUCAAUUGGUCCCUUGAAAAAAACAUCUCCCAGUUCCCUUUCUGAGCCUGGCUCAAAUGAAAAUAAACACUGAACCCAUGAGAGCAACCAGAGCGAGCCCUGGCUCCUUCCUGCCUCUGGGGACCCAUGGACAGGCUCUGUCCUGCUGCUGGCACGGGCAGGGACCCACCUGCCACCUCCUGUGACACAUCCCCUGGACACCUCUCAGGAUGGGAGAAUCUUGCCAGGGAUCUGGAUUCCUCUACCCACCCUCUGUGUUCCCCAGGGAAAGCUGGGCUGGCAGAGCAGAGCAACCCCACUCCCGAGGCAGGACACGGCUCCCCUGGCCCCUCUGUGGCCCUGCUGCCUCUCAGGGACACCUUUCCACCAGAGAUCUCGCUCUCGUUCUCUGUCGAGAGCCGCUCCUCUCGGUGCCGCAAUUCCCAGCUCCAGGAAGCUGCCAGGAAGAAGCUGUGGGCUCUGGGGAGCGAUGACAGAGGUGUCUGUGCCCUGUUCAAGGAGCUGUCAGCCAGGCUGGUCUGCACGCAGGCACACGAGGAUCGCUUCCUCCUCACCUUCAAAACCCUGGAGGAAGUCUGGAAGUUUUCCACGUAUCUGACUUUAGGGUACGUGGGGUCCUGCCUGGAGCAGCUGCUCUUUGCCCAGGAGUUCUGGCUGGACUGUGCCCUGGUGGAGGACACUGAGCUCAGGGUCACCAUGGAUGAAGAGCACCUGGCCACCAUCUACAUGGACCUGCUCCUCCAGGAAGGGAAUUUUUUCUCCAGGGCAGUGCCUGGUGCCUGGAAGUCAGAGCAGGAGGGAGAGGAGGGUCUGCAGCUCUGCAGGAAUGAGCUGAUCCACGUGAAGAGUGUGGGACAGGAUUCCAGAUGGGAAGGGAUGUCCCUGCUGACAGGACAGCGAGGGGUGGUGCCCGUGACAGCUCUGCAGCCAAUAGCUCAGCCCUUUUACCAGUGGUUCCUGAAGAAUUAUGCUGUGAGUUUUGGGGUCUCCCAGGAGAUCAGUGGGACGAGCUCUCAGGCCAUUGUCAAAGGCAGGUGCAUCGCCACCAAGGACCACAGAGGAGCAGCGUGGGAUGAGCUGAGCUUCUCCAAAGGAGACCCCAUAGAAAUCAUCGGGUUCUUCAUCCCUGGACUGCCCUGGUUUGUGGGGAAAUCCCUCAGCACCGGCACCAUUGGCUUCGUUCCCACCCAGCACGUAAAUCCUGAGGCUUGUGAACCUCUGGGAAAGGGUUUCGUGUUUCUGAGCGAAGAGGAGAAGUCCCCAGUCCUGCACGUGCCCUGCAAUGGUGACGAGCAGCACUUUGUCACCCUCCUGGGGGAGCUGGCACACACUGACAUCACCUCUGUGUACAGGCUGGCUGGUUUUGAACCCACAGCUGCGUUCCCACAAGUGCCACCAGAGGCUGCUCCCCAUGGCAGUAAGGAAAUCCAAGUGCUCCAGUCUUGGGAGGAAAUAAAUGACUGGGCUACCAGCAGCACCUCGGAGCUGUCCAGCCCAGGCAGUGAAACAGCCCCUGCCACGCUGGAAGAUGUUCUCCUGGACAAGCUGGACGAUUUGGAUUAUCCCAAAUUCUUCAUCGACCUCAACGCUGGACACAUGGAUGAUGCUGAUGUCUUUGACCCCAUGCUGACCUUCCUCAACCAAGACAGUUUCGUGCCCAGUUUUCAAAGUUUUUAUGAUCUCAGCUUUUCCUUUCUCCACUCCACUUUUUAUGGUUUCUCUGAUGAGGAUGAGCUGGUCCUGUACCUCGAGACUUCCCGCAACUGGGCCAAGAGGACUCGUUCAGUUUGGGCCCACGUCAGGCUCUGUUUCCUCUUGGGUAAACUCUGCAUCAAAAAGGUGAAGCUCUCCCAGGCUCGGGUGUACUUUGAGGAAGCCAUGAGUGUCCUGGACAGGGGUUUUGGGGACCUGCCCCUGCUGGCAGCGCUGCACGUGAGCCUCGCCUCCAUCUACCUGAAGCAGAACAUGAAGCACAAAUUCUCCUCCCUGCUGGGGAAGACAGUGACCUUGCUCGUGUGCCUGCCUGGCCGCUCCUUCAGCUGGGAGAACGAGCUGGAGCUGCUGAUGUACAUCCUGAGGGAAUCCAUCGCUGCGGGCAACGCCCCACUGGAGGCCCGGGUCUGCUUCCUCAUUGUCCAACUCUUUCUGCAGCUGGGCAGAACCGAGGAGGUGCUGCCCUUUUUGGAGCAUCUCCAAUGUCUCAGCAUCACCUGGCUGGGCCCGGGCACCCGUUCUGGGCCCCUGGAUGCCGCCGCCACCUUGGGCUACCUCUAUGACAAGAAGUGCCUGCCCAACCUCGCGCUGGCCUCUGUCAGGUCCUUUGUUCCCGGCAGCACCAAGGGGACACCCACCCCCAUCUGGAGAGCUGGCUUCAUCCUCCAAAACGCUUCCAAGCUCCUGGGGAAGCAGCUGGACAGGAGCAGCAUCCCGGCAGUGGCUUGUUUGUACCUGAAGCAAGCGCUGCAGUUCUGCUGCGACAGCAGGGCCGUGCCCAUGCAGCGGACUCUGUGUGCUGUCCUGUCCAGGAUGUUCCUGCAGCACGGGCUGCUGCAUGGGGCUGUUUGUUACGCAGCCAGGGCUGCAGCUCUGGGCAGGCUGCUGGGGGAGGAGGAGGCUUUUGAGUCCUCGCUGUCCUUGGGGUGGCUGCAUUUGCUGCAGCAGCAGCCGGGCCUGGCCAGGGCCAUCCUGCAGAGCAUGGCCAGCAAAACCCAGGGUGGGGCCGUGCACAAUCUGCUAGCCAUGGCCCUCAGCGGUGAGGGGAGGAUUCAGGAAGCUGCAGAGAACUUCCUGAGGGCCCUGCACAAGGCCAAGGAGAUGGGGAGCAGGAGGAACCAGGCGGUGGCCCUGGCGAACCUGGGCCAGCUGAGCCUGUCGUGUGGGGCCACCCAGCUGGCCGAGCUCUACCUGCUGUGGGCAGUGAGGCUCUUUGCCGAGCUCCAGGGACACCAAGAGCUGGACAUGGAGCUGGCACAGGUGCUGCUGUGGCUGGCACAGGCCAUGGUGGACAGGCAGAGGAUGGAAGAUGCCAAACUCUGCUAUGAGCUGGCGCUGGGGUUUGGCCUGAAGUGGCAGAACCUGAGGAGUCAGCUGCACGUCACGGAGCGCCUGUGCCAUUUCUACAGCAGAGUGUGCCCCGACCUGCAGGCCUGCAUCACCUACCACGAGCACUGGGCAUCCUUGGCACGGCAGCUGCAGGACAGGGAGCUGGAGGGCAAUGCCAGGCAGGCCCUCAGCCAGCUCUACCAGGCUUUGGGCACACCUGAGGCUUUGAGACAAUCCCUGGACUGCACCAAGCAGUGCCUGAGGAUCUUCAUCGACCUCGAGGAGGCUGCGAGGGCAGCAGAGGCCUGGCUGCAGGCAGGAAAACUCUAUUAUCUUCUACAGGAGGAUGAGCUGGUGGAAAUGUACUUCCAGGCAGGCAUCCAGACUGCCCUGAAAGGGGACAACUUCUCCUUGGCCAUGGACCUUUAUGAGAAAGCAGGGGACACCUUCUUUAAUGGCAGCCGGGACAGGGCCAGAGCUGUGGAGUUUUACAGGGGAGGUGCUGUGCCCUUGGCCAGGAAACUCAAGGCCACCCAGACAGAGCUGAGGCUCUUCAACAAACUGGCCGAGCUGCAGAUCAGCCUGCAGGGCUACGAGAAGGCUCUGGAGUUUGCCACGCUGGCAGCCAGGCUCAGCCUCAGGGUUGGGGAUCAGCUGCAGGAGCUGGUUGCCUUCCACCGCCUGGCCACAGCCUAUGACCUGCUGCACAUGUAUGAGAUGGCUGAGGAUUGCUACCUGAAGACUCUGGCCCUGCGUCCCCCCGUGCUGCAGAGCUCAGCAGAGGCCCUGUAUUACUGCAAGCUCUACUGGCACCUGGGAAACCUCACCCUGCACAAGCUCAAGGAUGAACAGGAUGCAUCUUCCUACUUCCUGCUGGCCCUCGCUGCAGCCACUGAGCUGGGAGACCAGGAGCUGCAAGCCCUGCUCCGUGCCAAGCUGGGUGCCAUCCCCAGAGCCCCAGGGGCACCUGAGGGCACGCCAGGCUGUGCCACGGACCGGCCACGGUGGCUGAGCGAAGGUGGCCACGUGGUGUGACCCGUGUGCCACGCUGGGAGCCAUCUGUGCCAGGUCUGUGUGCUCUCCAGAACCGGUCCAGGAGACAGAAGAGUCCUGCAGCACAUCCUGGAAGGGUUUGGGCUUCUCACCCCAAGCAUUUGGGACCCUGCCCUCGUUUUUCAGGAAUUUUCAGUGUGUGCCCCACAGCGGAGGUGGCACAGCCAGGGCAGGAUGCUGGAGCUGGUGGUGCAGCAGGAUUGAGUUCCUGAGUGGAUUCAGAAGUUCCCUGCCCAGGAUGGGGAUGGUGACAGCUGCCACGUGCCUGUCCCCACACCUUGGAGCAGCUCAACCCGACCCAAAAGUGUUUGAAACAACAACUCUUUUAUUUAUGCCUGGUUUUAAUCCUCAUCUGCCCCAUGAGGUUUGUGAUGACAUCUCUGCCACCCCCCUCUCCUGUAAAAAGCACCGCCAAAGCUUUUGGCAGUGAAGAGACAGAAUUAGGGAAGUGAGGAGGAAUAAAGGGACUGGUGGAGCCUUAUCUGGGGGCAGAAAAAAAACUCAGGGGGAGGCAGAGCCCCAGCCCUGCCAUCCAACCUCUGGAUCUAGAGCAGGAGCACAGGAAAAGAGCACCGGAAUGGGGAGGUGCUGUAUCCCCAUCCCUGGAGGUGUCUAAAGGUAGAUGUGACAUUUGGGGACACGAUUUAAUGGUCGGGCUCGAUGAUCUUAGAGACGUUUUCCGACACGAGUGGUUCUCCCGGGCACAGAGCAGGAAUGUGCAGCUCUGAGAUGGCCACCAGAGAGCAAUAAAUGCUCAUUUUUGCAGCGAGAGCGGCUUCCCUGCAAAUCCCGGGCUGGGCUCUCACUCCGGGAUGGAGCACAGAGAAAAAGGAGCGAUUUUCCCAGCUGAUCUCUUUGCUUUGGCAACCAGUGGCCAUCUGGGGCUUCACAGCCAGACCUUGUUCGCAGUUCUCUGCCCGUGCUGCCCUGCCUGGGGUUGUUAAAUGCAGAAUAUUUAUUUCCUCCCUGCUCUCUGCAAACGCCGAGUUCAGCUUCCUCUUCCAAUCCCUUCGAGGCGUUUGUCACCGGGGCAAUGAUUAUUUACUGCUUGUUUACCGAGCAGCCUCCGACCCCAGCCCAGAGGAGGGAAAUCUUCAUUGGGGAUGAAAUCCAGCGAGCUCAGGGCUCCCCAAAAUCUUCCUGCCCCACCCCACCGAGCUUAGUGAAGGUGGUUGGUGCUCACCACGCCAGGGCAGGAUAUUUUCUGCAGUUUUUCUUUCGGUCUAGAUGGUUUUUAAGGACAAUUCCAGCCCCUCGACAUUCUCUGGAUCUUUUCACACCAGGGGGAAAAGCACAUCUUUGUGCCAGGAGGGAGAUGGACAAUUAGAAAUCAGGCUGUGGGGAGGAGCUGGGAUGGCUCCGGUUUAAACACAAAAGCUCAGUGUCUGAGCUGGCCUAACUCAGCCCAGCUCCAGGAGUCAGAGAUGUUCUGAUUUGCAAGACUCUGGAGCUGCUUGGAAACCAAAUGUGUCCUCCUUAAAUCACAGAAAAACGAAUUCUGUGGUGCCUGUGGGGGGAAAAAACUCUUCCUCCUUGGGAGCAUCCUAUAAAAGAUCAUUUUCCCUCUUCCUCAUCUGCCUGCCCGCUCCCACAUGCUGGGAUGAGAACUCGGGGUGGCCGGGGCUAAUUAAAAUUCAUAAUACAGUGAAAUUUAAA